GCCCUAUUUCUUCUUCUUUCCAGGAGUAACUGUGAGUGCACCUCUGGGGCUGGUGAGCUGCCUGCCAUCCCGACGCUCUGCCCCUGAGCCAGAGUGGGGUCGCUCCACCUCUGCCACCCACAUGGAAGCCAGGAGUUGGGCUCCCGGAAGGCGGCUGUGUCCACCCAGGAUCAUGUUGCUGGUCCUGGGUUCUCUGCUCAGCUGCCUGCUUGCUGCCAGCGAGGCCAAGGUGUACAGUCGCUGUGAGCUGGCCAGAGUGCUGCAGGACUUCGGUCUGGAUGGAUACCGGGGAUACAGCCUGGCUGACUGGAUCUGCCUUGCUUACUUCACAAGUGGCUUCAACACAGCUGCUGUGGACCACGAGGCCGACGGGAGCACCAACAAUGGCAUCUUCCAGAUCAGCAGUCGGAAGUGGUGCAAAAACCUUACCCCGAACACCUCCAACCUGUGCCACAUGUACUGCUCUGACUUGCUGAGCUCUAACCUCAAGGAUACUGUUAUCUGUGCCAUGAAGAUAGCCCAAGAGCCCCAAGGACUGGGCUCCUGGGAGGCCUGGAGGCACAACUGCCAGGGCAAAGACCUCAGCGACUGGGUGGAUGGCUGUGAUUACUAGGAUCUUCUCUGGAUGGAUCAGACCACGCACAGCAGGCUGGGAAAUGUAGUCUGGCCCCUGACCCAGGCUUGGGGACCCAAGUCAAAUAAUAAAGUCUAGUUUAAUA